UGGACCUUGAGGCUGUCACCAUGUGCCUUAGAGAAGGGAGGACAUGGAGGAGCUGAGGAAAGCUCUGACCUGACCCAGCAGCUCCAGGACAAGCCCCAGAUGUUGCACUUAGGGCACUGCUCCAGGGAGCCAUGGCAGAGAAGAUCCUGGUGACGGGCGGCGCCGGCUACAUCGGCAGCCACUGCGUGCUGGAGUUGCUGCAGGCGGGCUACGUCCCUGUGGUCAUCGACAACUUCCACAACGCCAUCCGAGGUACGAGCCCCAUCCCGGGCCGGGCUGUGCCCGACUCCAUCAAUCCCUCACCCCCAUGCAUUCCCCCAGGCUCUGAGGAGCUCCCCGAGAGCCUCCGGCGGGUGCAGGAGAUCGCGCACCGGCCCGUGCUCUUCCAGGAGCUCGACAUCACGGACGAGGCCGCGCUCCAGGAGCUCUUCAGGAAGCACCGUUUCUCGGCUGUGAUGCACUUUGCGGGGCUGAAGGCUGUGGGGGAGUCGGUGCAGAAGCCUCUGGAAUAUUACAGAGUGAACCUCACUGGGACCAUCCGGCUGCUGGAGACCAUGAAAGCCCACGGCGUGAGGAACAUCGUGUUCAGCAGCUCCGCCACCGUCUACGGGGACCCCAAGUACCUCCCCCUGGACGAGAAGCACCCGGUCGGGGGCUGCACCAACCCCUACGGCAAAUCCAAGUUCUUCAUCGAGGAGAUGAUCCGGGAUCUCUGCAAAGCAGAGAGGGACUGGAACGCCGUCCUCCUGCGCUACUUCAACCCCAUCGGCGCCCACGAGUCGGGGAUGAUUGGAGAGGAUCCUCAGGGCAUCCCAAACAACCUCAUGCCCUACGUGGCUCAGGUGGCAGUGGGACGCCGGGAAUUCCUGAGCGUCUUUGGGAACGACUACAAGACUGAUGAUGGAACGGGAGUCAGGGAUUACAUCCAUGUUGUGGAUCUGGCCAAGGGCCACAUCGCUGCUCUGAAGAAGCUCAAGGAGAACUGUGGCUGCAAGAUCUACAACCUGGGCACGGGCACCGGCUACUCCGUGCUGCAGAUGGUUCGGGCCAUGGAGAAAGCCUCGGGCAGGGAGAUCAAGUACCAGAUCACAGCCCGGCGGGAGGGAGAUGUGGCCUCCUGCUACGCUGACCCCGCGCUGGCCGAGCAGGAGCUGGGCUGGAAAGCUGCCUUUGGCCUGGACAAGAUGUGUGAGGACCUGUGGCGGUGGCAGGUGCAGAACCCCACGGGCUUCAGCAAGAACUGAGCUGUGGCCAGUCCUGAGGCUGCUCUGAGCCAGCCCUGCCUCCUUCCCCGAGGGCUGUCACCAUCCUGUGAGAGCAGUUCCAGCUCCCCCUCCUGCUUCUGGCACGGGGCAGGAAGGCUGGAGCAUCCUCAGCCUCCCCCCUCCUCAUCCUCAUCCCCCAGGUCUUUGCAUCUCACAGAGCAGAACCACAAGAGGGAACAGAGCCGGGGCCUGGUUUGGCACCCCAGGCAUGGAACCCCUGGUGGGAAUGCCCAGGGGCUGCAGCCAGCCCGGGCUGGGAGCAGGUGCUGCUCCCUGUGCCUCCAGCACGGGCCCAGCUGAGUCAUGCUGAGCCCAAACUGCAGCAGAGCCCCUGCUCCCUCCUGCCCCACCUGGCUCAGGGGGAGCCCAAGGCACCUCUGCCCUGGCACAGAGAGGGCACCAGGAACCUCCCACAGGGACCAGUCACAUUCCAAAGCCACCAUGGCUCAUUUCCCCAGCCCACGGCUUCCUCCACCCCCCACCUUCCCUACCCCCAGCAUGGUUUUGGGGACCAAAUCUCAUCUCCCCCCUCUCCUGCUGAGCCUGAGAAGCCCCUGCCCAGGGCUGUGCCAGCCUGGCCUGGCUGCCCCCAGCCAGCUCAGUGCCUGGUUUGGGCUCCUGUGGCAGCCACUCCCCAAAACCCAUUGCCAAAGGCUGCCCAGGAGCCAGCUCUGCCCCCAUCCCACACUGCUCCUAUUUAUUCCUGGCAGCUCCCAGGGCUGCACCGGGCAGGGAUGACGCAGUCAGCUCCGUGUGCUGGCAGUUGGAUGAAUAACUUAUGUUCCUAAAUUAUGAAUUGAGCUUUUGAUUUGUUUUUAAAAUAAACUUUCCUACUUUCUAA